AUGCUGGGAAGUUAUUCACACACUCAAGAUUUUGCGGAACAUGUCGAAAAAGAUAUCAGAAUGGAUAAUUACCUUAAAUUGUUUUUCAAACGUAAGAGUAUAAGAAGUAUAGUAAUCAAUGAGGAUCGAGAUGUAAAUAUUCAAAAUCCAUAUGUAAAGUUAUUCAAUCAUGAACCUUCCCACGAUCUCAGAAUACUUGUUGGUGAUCAAGUAACAUACUAUUGUCAUAAGACUAUAUUGGAAUCUACUAGUUUAUACUUUACAGACCUAUUCAAGAGCAGCAAUUGGUCUGAUUUCGAUACCGAUGUAUACAAACUGGAUGUGAAUGAUGAGGAAUCAAUUAUUGCCACUGAUUACAUAAUCAGAUAUUGCUACGAUUUACAAAUUGACAUUGAGCCUUCUCAUUUGAUUGGUGUAAUGAAGGCAUCCCACAUGCACAACAUCAAGCCACUAAUUACCCUCUGCAGCAAGAAGCUAGAAAUCUCAACUGAUAACUACUUCUCAUUAAUUGAGGGUCUAUAUGACUAUAUUGAGGAUCCACUCUUCUCCAAAUUACAUCAAAAUAUCAUAGAGUUUGGAGUCAAGCAUUGUAAACAACUCUUUUCACAGGAUAAGAAGUCAUGUAGAAAACUUCCACCAACAACUUUGGAAGAAAUAUUUACCAGAUUGGCCUCUCGUUAA